CAUAUAUACCGUAAAUAAAGAAAAUUACAAUUUUUCGAAAUCUCGAACAAUCAUUUUUUUCUAUAGCUUUUUUACAAUCAUAUAAUUUUGAAUUAAUUCAUAAUUUCGUAUUUUAUUUUUUAUAUUAACAUACAGUUUUCGAUUCUUUUACCAAUAUUAUGAAACGGAAAGUUAUAAAAUUUCAUGAUUGAAACAAAAAUAAUAAAUUUUAUUUUUAAAUAUUAUAUUUUGUAUACUUUUAAUUUAUAUUAUUUUUAAUUGAAAUAAAUAUAAAAAAUUUUCUUUUUCUUUAAAAAUAAGUUUUAUGUAUCAAGAAACAUUUUAAUGUUAUAUUGUAUUGAUAUAAAAUUUUUUAUUUUUCAUGAUUUUCACAAAAUUAAUUUUAAUUUCUUACAAAUUUAUACUUAUAUUUACAUAGAUUUUUAUAUAAUUAAUAAACACAUUUAAUAAUACAUUUAUUUAUAAUUAUAAUUGUGUUUUAAAAAAAAAUAUCUUCACAAUUGCAUACUUUUAAAAGUUAAUAUUCAAAAUUAUUCUUUAAAUUUUAAAUAAACAUUAUAAAAUUGUAAUUUUUUAUGUUACGGACUUACGUGUUACAUCUUAAAACAAUUCAAAAAUCUAUCGAUAUUGCAAAGGAAGUUGUAUGUGAUAACCAUUCGAUUAUAAAUCGAGAAUUCGAAAUCGCUUUGAAACAUCCGUAAGACUUAUUGUUAGAUAAGAUUGUAUAUAAAAUAAAAAGAAUAUUAUACAAAUUACGUGAAUUAUAAUUUUAUAAUCACGUAGAUACAUACUUGCUAAAAAAUGUCGAAAACAUCUAAAAUUUUUACACCAACGAAUCAAAUAAGAUUAACCAACGUGGCCGUGGUUCGUAUGAGAAAAGCAGGAAAACGAUUUGAGAUCGCUUGUUAUAGGAACAAGGUUAUCUCUUGGAGAAAUAAACUAGAAAAAGACAUUGAUGAAGUUUUACAAACACAUACUGUAUUUAUAAAUGUUUCAAAAGGUCAAGUAGCAAAAAAAGAAGAUCUUGUAAAAGCUUUUGGUACAGAUAAUCAAACAGAAAUCUGUAAAGAAAUUCUUACAAAAGGAGAACUUCAAGUUUCUGACAAAGAAAGGCAUUCGGCUUUAGAUUCUAUGUUCAAAGAUAUUGCCACAACUGUUGCUAAUAAAUGUAUAAAUCCAGAAACUAAACGUCCAUAUACGAUAACUAUGAUAGAGAAAGCUAUGAAAGAUGUACAUUUUUCUGUAAAACCAAAUCGAAAUGCAAAACAGCAAGCUUUAGAUGUGAUUCCUCAAUUAAAAGCUGUAAUGCCACUUGAACGAGCUCAAAUGAGACUCAGAGUUUUGGUUUCGGGUAAAGAAGCAAAAAAAUUAAGAGAUAAAAUAGAAAAAUUAGUAACAAAAUUAGAAACAGAAGAAUGGGACAAUGGAACAUUAGAUUUAGUUUGUUUAAUUGAUCCUGGACAUUAUAGAGAGAUAAAUGAACUAGUAAGAUCUGAGACUAAAGGUUCAGGAUUAUUGGAAUUACUUAAUUUAAAAGAAAUUGUUGAAGGAGAUGAAGUUUUGGAAUAAAUAAUUAAUUUUACUGAA